AUGACUUCAUACUUCUCGUCGCUGACGUCCUCGUCGGCCAUCUCGAACCUGGGCACCCGGCUCAACUCCCUGAAACGGGCCAUCACGUCGGGCGACGAGCGCGACGACCCGGACAACGCGGACUGCUCGCACAUCUCGAACGUGCUGCGCGCCUACUACACCGAAAAGGGGCGACCGUAUCCCUCGUGGCUGCCCCCGGACCCGAAAGCCCCCGCGCCGGCACCGGCGCGGGUCAUCGCGACCUCCCAGAUCCCACCCGGCGCUGCUGGUAGCGCCCCAGCGUCAUCAGCAUACGGACGUGGCGGCAGCGGCGGCGGUGGCAGCGGUGGUGGUGGUGGUGGACUGGGCGACCUGUGGGGGGAUGCGGGCUCGGCCACGCCUCCCACCUCCCAGACAUCCAGUUUGCGCCGGGGUCGCAUGACCGCCGGGGGAAAUAACAACAGCAUCCACAACAGCAUGGGGGCACCGCUGUCGGCGACGGCGAGUGCUCCGGGAGGCCCAAUCGCCCACAACAGCCUGUCCCCGACCCCGUCGGCAAUGCAGCAGCACCCUCACCACCCCGCCGGGGGCGGCCGUCCCCUGCCCAGUCAGCGCGCCGGAUCCUACCAGACGAUCUCGGGCCCCGUGACCGGCGGCGGCGCGACGCAACAACCGCUGGAGCGCGCAGCGUCGGCCCAGGAACGACUCCGGGCACGCCUGCAUGGGGGCCGGUCGCCCAGCCCCGGCCAGAAUCCGAGCAGUCGGCCGGGUUCACCCUACGUGGCCGGGGGAGCGGAUCCUAGCGCACGAAAACCGGUAGGGAUGCCGGGUCGACGAUAA